UCUGCCGAAUAUACUAGUUCAUAUCACCCUCGAUUCUUCUUUCUUCCCCAUUUCUGCUUUUCCCUCUGUGGUGGUAGAUCUGGUUUCUUCUCUGGCGAAGCUUGUUGUUGCUAUUCUUCCGUCAUGCCCCCUGUUGUCGAAAUCUUCGCUCCGCGCCAGUGCCGGUUGAAAUCCAGCUUUUACUGGCCUCACAGCAUCAACGUCCCCACUGCAGAGAAAUUGUUGAAAAUACUCCUGAAUCAUUAUGGGAUUGUCCAUCUCGGAGUCUUCCAAGGAAGAAGUUGACAAAAGCACAAUAUGAUGGUCUAAUUUCUUUUUCCUUUUCCCUCCCAUAAUUUUUUAUUUCAUGUUGGUGCAUACCAUUUACUAAUAUAUUACUUAAUUUUAU